AUGUCGUCACAACAUCCGGCUCCAGUCCCGGCCCUCCUGGCGCAGCCUGUAAUGCGAGACCUUUCCACGAUCGAAGACAUCGUCGACGAGGUAGACUACCUUGACAAAGAACUCAACGCUAAGCUGGUUGAUCUCGACGAACUAAAAGUCUCCCGAUUCGAGUACGAUUACGAUUCCGCGACAGUCUAUCUCGACAUCAUGGGCGAAUCCAUGCUACAUUUCAAGGUUCGGAUGGGUCUUAGAGACUAUAUCAAGAACCAGAUUUUCAAAUGGCUGGAUACAACGAACGAUAAAAUGGUUCAAGACUUGUUCAAGGCAAUCGAUGAACACGGUACAGCUACUAUCAAGAAGUCGCGCCAAUACAUCAAUUUGUCGGACGGCAAGGUCCAGGCCGUCCUGAUCAUCGAUCUUCAGUACCCAGACAUGAAGAAGGCAUGGUUCAGGGUUUUGACCAUCGACCAUCUCUCAAGCCCGUGGGUCCUUUUCCACGACGACGAUCUCAACCCGAAGCAACAACCCACCGGUCGAGUCGCCCUCUAUCUCUCCGACUUCCUCGGUCUGGCACCUGGUAUACCCGCCGUGCUUUGCCGCCCCUCGGCCGCUGAGAUGGCUUCCGGGAUCACCAGGUUUACAAAGGAAGAGGGUGACGAACCAGAAAACAUACGUACGGAGGGGCGCAUGGAAGGAUUCAAGCAGGGACACAAGAAGGGACUCAAGCACGGACACAAGAAGGGACUCAAGCAGGGAUACAAGAAGGGGUUCAAGCAAGGAUUCGAGCAGGAACGUAAGAAGGGGUACGAGGAGGGAUACGAGGAGGGGUACGAGGAGGAGCGUGCCAAGUGUAUCGCUGACGUAGCCCGGUAUCUGGGUCUGUCGAACGAAGAGCGUCUCGAGCUGGAAGGGCGUCUUGCUGCGAUGGAACCGCACGUCUCCGAAGGCUGA